CAUUGUUUUUGAAAGAAAAAGAAAACAAAAGGAGAAGAACAGAGUAAGUGAUGGAGACUGUUCCAAACCUACCUCAAGAGUUGCUGGAAGACAUCCUUAGCAGAAUACCAUACAAAUCCUUAAUGCGUUUCAAGUGUGUCCGCAAGCACUGGUAUGCUCUUUUCCAUGACCCUUUAUUCUUGUCUCGCCACCUUUCAAACUUUGUCAAAAACCACAACUCUGGCCAUAGCGUGUUUCUCAGGGUUUCCUUCCCUACAAUACUUGGUGAUGGCUUAGAAAACUAUAAACUUUUUUCCAUUUCUGCCACGCAUGAUGAGUUUUCAGCUGUUGAAACCUUUGUUCCUAAAUUCAACAUGCUUUCAACAAAGUUCCAAAUUUGUGGUCACUGUAAUGGUAUCUUGUGUUUGUCUAUCAACUAUUGGCCACGCAGCAAGGAAGUUCUUUUGUAUAACCCUGCAACAAGAGAGUUUAGAUGUCUUCCUGAUACUACUAUGAGGUUGAAACCUUAUUCAUUAGCUUUAGCUGUUGGAAUGGGGUAUGAUUCGUUUACUGAUGAUUACAAGGUUAUAAGGAUUUGGAAAGUGGAUACACAUGGUAAUGGUGAUAUGUUUUGUACCAAUUGGGUUGAGGAAUAUGCUUUAAGUACUGAUUCAUGGACCAUGCUGCAUGAUACUAAAGCUGAGAAUUUUCUUUUCGGUUUUGACUGUUUUGCAAUGUGCUUUAAAAGAACUUAUUAUUGGUGGGCUUUUAGCCGUGAAGACAAGUGCUCAUUAGUCUUAGCUUUGGAUAUGGAAGAUGGGGUUUUCCAAAGGGUGCCAAUGCCACCCCACGUAGACAUUAGUGAACCUGAUGGUAGGUCUCUAGCUGUGUGGAAUGACUCCAUCUCACUCAUAUGCUGGGCCUUUGAUGAUCCCACUCCGUCUAUAGACAUAUGGGUGAUGGAUGGAUCCGGUGCUGAGGGUUCUUGGACUCGAAUGCAAACUAUAAAACAUCUAACAGAAGAUCCUAAACUGUUAGUUUUCUGGAAGGGUAAUGAGCUUCUUAUGGAAAUGUCUUGUGGAAAGAUAAAGUCCUAUAAUGUUGAUACUCAAGAAUUUAAGGAUGUCAUGAUUAAAGGAUGUGCGGUUCGGCACUCAUUUCAAGCUGUAAAUUAUGUGGCAAGUACAGUCUCGUUGAAUGGGGGAAAUUGCCUUAUUUGA